AUGUCCUCUCCAGACUUAUCCCUGACUUCCCUGUUCAAUGUGAAGGGCAAGAUUGUGCUCGUAACUGGCGGAGGAUCAGGUAUAGGGAAGAUGAUCGCUGCAGGCUUUGCUCAGAAUGGAGCAAAAGUAUAUAUCGCUGCUAGGAAGGAGUCUCAACUGAAAGAGGCUGUAGCCGAUCUCCAAAAGACAGCUUCUGAAAAAGCUUCAUACAUCGUCGGUAACGUUGCGACCAAAGCUGGAUGCGACGCUAUCAUAACCGAAUUCAAGAAACACGAGAACAAGCUACACGUUCUAGUCAACAACUCCGGCAUCACCUGGGGAGGCCCCUACGACAACUUUCCCGAGGAGAAAGGAUGGGAUAACGUCUUCAACGUGAACGUCAAGAGUAUCUUCUACAUGACAGCAGGCCUUACGGAACUCCUUGCCAAAGAUUCCGAUGCUUACGACCCUGGUCGUGUCAUCAACAUAUCUUCGACAGCUUCCGUCGAACCGGAAAGCGAAGGCGCUUUGAGCAGUGCCGGAAAUGGGACAUGGAGUUACCAGCCCAGUAAAGCCGCGGUGAACCACCUGACUUCAUCGUUAGCCGUGAAACUGGGUCCCCGUCAUGUCACAGUAAACGCCAUACUGCCGGGACUAUUUCCAAGUAAAAUGACUGCCUGGGGUUUCAGAACUGCGGGCGAGAAGACGUUUAUCGCUAGCCAGCCUACGGGACGAUAUGGAGCUCCUCAGGAUAUGGCUGGUCUCGCGCUUUUCCUCGCUUCUCCAGGUUCAUCGCACAUUACAGGAACCCAUACACUCCUUGACGGCGGGUCGAGGCUUGGUACUCUAUAA